GCCGCUGGCUCCCAGUGCAGAGCCCGUCGGGAGCAGCCCACCCUCAGCGCCGCCCCGCUCCGCUGCUGGGAGGGGACGGGAAGGACCCGCUCCAGGCCAGGAAAUCCUUGCUUUCUCCUCCCGCAGGGCCGCAGUGGGCAGCCACAAUGCGCUUCCCCCGCGCCGCUGCCAAGCCCCGGCGUGACCCGGGCCCGGGAGCCGCGGGAGAGCCGCGCGGAGGGAGUUGGGCAAUGCCAGCCAGGCCCCAUGUGCUGACAGCAAGCAGGGACAUGGAUCGUGGCGUCAGCCUGGAGAACCCCUAUGCCAGCGUCAACAUCCCACGGGAACAGUUCCAGCAAAGCUUUAUCACUCGCUACCUGAAGGAUGAGCCCACUGUCAUCGCCAACCCUGCAGCUGUGCCCACCUACACGGAGGAGAAGGAGGAUCCCGCUGGCAGCUGGAACAGCCCAGCCAUUUCCACGGAGAAGUCCUGGUCCCGUCCCUACAACCCCUAUGCCAGCCUGAGGAUGCCCAACAGGGAAUUGUCCAGCUCUUUCUACACUGUCACCCUGGACAAUCCACCCAAAAGCCAGGAGCUGGAGGCCAGUGGGGGAUGCGGGUGCUGCAAGCGCUGCUCCCACUGUAGAAAGUGCUGCUGUGUCAUCUCUUAAGGGCCCUCGUGGGACGUGCUGACCAUGGGAUGGGGACACGGCACCCAGCAGAGCCGGCACCUGGGAGUGGGCACUGGCUGGACUCUGCUGUUGCUUUCCACCACGAGCUCUGCAGCCAGAUACACCAGUGAUGGGCACUUGCCAGGUGCAGAGAGCCCAGUGUGGGGCGUGGGGGAGAAGGGCAGGUCCCCCCUGCCCCACUGAAGCCCAGGAUCCUUAAGGAUGGUGUGUGCCCAUUCAGAUGCGGCCAAGAAGAGCCUGCAAUGGGGUUGGUGCAGCACUUUGAGCCUGUGAGCCCAUGCACUGACCCUGCCCCUCUGCCCUUGCUGGAGAAUCUGGCUCUGGGGACAGUGCAGGCACUGCUGGCUUGCCAGAGGGUGGUUUUGGGUAAUGGCAGCCCUGUGCUUGUGGCAAAGGAGGGCACUGUCAUGGUCAUCCUCCUGGAGGGAAGCCAGGGACAUGUCUCCAGCCAGGAUUGGGACCCACAUCCCCAGAACUGAGGGGUCCCCCCACCCACAGCACUGUGGGGAUGGGGCAGCCCCUGUGCCAAGCUCCGCUGUGUACUUCUCCCCCCCUGCCACACUGGCCAUGGGACAGAGGGAAGGAGAUGGGAAGGACAGACAAAGUGUGGCAGGGUGCUGGGCAGUGCCCCAUGGCACAGCAUGGCUGUGGGUGUUAACAUCCCAGUGCCAGGAGACCCCUGGCCCCUUUUGGUUCCUCUUGCCAGGCAUGUGGGGUGCUGCACACAGCCCCUUGACCUGUGCACAUCCCGGCCUGAGCUCCACACUGCGUUGGGGCUGGUCCAGUGGGGAGAGCACUGGGACACCCUAUUUGGGAUGCAGACCCCUAUCAUUAGCCUUCUGUGACUCCCUGGGCAUGGAGGAUGGUGGGUGAGGAUCCUCCUGGGCUCUUGCAUUGCUGCUGGUGGGGCUCCAGGCUGGGUUUUGGGCUGGGGCUGGUGCCACCGACCUGGAACAAGCUGGCCCUUGUGUUGGCUUGGAAGCUGCUGCAGGAGCUGCCUGGUCUGCAAGGGCUUGGAAAGAGUGAUGACUUCAGGGUGCUGCAAAUAAAAUAACAGCCAUCUUCUC